GGGUUUUGUGAUCUGGCACGGGUCGUCAUCAGCUUCGUCGCACCAUAUCAGUAAUAUACAACCUGCGUUUAAACGUGUACAGUGAAACAGCCAGAAUACAACCAAGGAUACAUAAUUGUCUUCCUUCAUUUUUUUUUUUUUCACAAUUAAUAUCACUUUUCGAUUGUUUCCACUCCAAUCUCUCACAAAAGUUUUGAGACAAGGGAAAUAGUAUUUUCCUUUGUUGGCGAGCAAACAAUGCGGCAGAUGGUUUUGAGCAUGAGGCCAACUCGGCCCGUAGCUGGAUAUUGAUUGUUGUGUUGUGGACUUGACUACGGGAAGGCUUCGGUAUACAGUUCGGCUACACUCCGGGCCGAGAUGCUCUAACAGGGCGGUGGUGUGCAGACCGACGGCGAAACAAAGACGGUGCAAGGCGCUCAAGUUUGCUUUGAAGAGGAUAUAUCGCGAUUGGGAGAUGGUUUACACUGGCAAGACAAACACACGUUAAUUAUAUCAAUGGAAUUAUGUCCAAGCUCUUCUGAUGUUGCUGCAUGAUUUAUUGAUUCUCCUGUUCUUAAGAGGGCAUGAUUGUGAGUGAUGUUGGCCUGCCAGAAAUCUAAGAUACAGACUAAUUUAAUAACAGGCUUCCCCAGAUGGUGAUACGCGUCAAUGCCUUUGUACGUUAAUUUCUCAUCACAAAAGAUAAACAUAAUGAAACUCCGAUUUCUGAAAGACCAAAAUGAGAUCUGUGACCACAAGAAAGCUUACACCAAAGAAGUUCAAGACAAACUCCUGUACAAGACUUGUGUUGGAUAAUGAAGAUAUACCACGAUUCCCAACAAUAGUGAAUCCAUAUUCUUCUUUUGUUUAAACCACAACAAUGCAGUAGAUAAAACAAUGAUCAGUGUUAAGCAACUUUCUGUAUGGUAAACAUAAUAGAUUAAAGUCUAUACUAUUCCAAUGCUUCGGAAAGGAUUUGCUGAAGGAAUGCAACUUUCUGUAUGGCAAACAUAAUAGAUUAAAGUCUGUACUAUUCCAAUGCUCUGGAAAGGGUUUGCUGAAUGAGAGAACUUUCUGUAUGGCAAACAUAAUAUAGUGAAGUCAUAUCCAUUGUUCUGGAAAGGAUCUGCUGUUUGUUUAGAGACACAAUAUGGACAAGUUACUGAAGAAACACAAGUUAAUCUCCGGAGGACAAUCUGAAGCUAACCCGACCAAAGCUACGCCGCCCUCCUCGCCGUCACCACCCGGUGAUGAUGAGCUAGAGGCCGCUGAGCAGGGUCAGGUGGCGAGCUCCAGUCGCCAGUCACAGCACAGCAACCACUCACAUCACAGUCAAAGGUCAACUCACAGCCAGCAUUCCAACCACAGCAACCAAUCACAGUAUGGCGGCGGCGACGACGACAACGACAAGCCAGUCACUGUCACGACAGUCGCUACAAAUGGCGCUAGUAGUGGUGUGGUUGGUGUUGGCGGUGGUGAUGGCCGUGAUGGUGGCAGUGGCAGUGGCCACGGCGACGGCGGUGACAAUGGCGCUAUUGACGGCGCUGUCACCCUCUUCGACGACGACACUGGUGAUGAAAGUGAUGCCGAGAUGAGGCGCAAAGAGUCGGCUAUGGGUAGGAUCGUUGGUACCUUACAGGUCAUCAAGGGCUGGGUGACGAAGGGAGAUGGACAAACCAAGAGAGCAGACUCUUUCUUGGAGCGUCUGGCCAUGGCGGGUCCUCCGAUGGAAGGACGAUCAAGAGUUGGUACUGAACUCGGAGAUGGUGGUGGCGUUCGACCGGCCCAGGUGUGGGUAAUCGAGAAGUCAGAUGUGUUCUACUACCGUUGGUUAUUGGUAAUCACCCUAGCCGUACUAUACAACAUGUAUACCAUCAUCGCUCGGGUAUCGUUUAGGGAUCUGCAGAUAAACUUCGUGUAUUUGUGGGUCGUGCUUGAUUACAUGUGUGACAUUGUGUACAUUAUGGAUAUAGGCGUCCAAUUCAGAACAGGUUAUCUGGAACAAGGACUUCUUGUCCGAGAUACCAAAAAGCUACGGAAAUGCUACAUGAAAUCGUGGAUGUUUAAACUAGAUGUGCUGUCAAUGCUUCCACUUGAUCUAUUCUACUUGGUUCCUGGAGUCGGCAUCCACGCGACCAUACUCCGGACUCCUCGACUCCUCCGGGGUCCAAGAGCUCUCGAGUGCUUCGACCGCACGGAGACAGUCACCAACUUCCCCAAUGUGUUCCGUGUUAUCAACCUCAUCCUGUACAUUAUGAUUAUCAUCCACUGGAAUGCUUGCCUUUAUUUCAUCAUCUCUGAUUCAAUUGGACAUGGUACAGACGGUUGGGUGUAUCCGGGGGAAGAAGGACCCUUCCCCUUAAAUAUGGAAAAUGACACCCUUAUACAUCAAUACAUAUACAGUCUGUACUGGUCUACACUGACCCUCACUACGAUUGGAGAGACACCCCAGCCUGUGUUAGACAUCGAGUAUCUCUUUGUGGUGUUUGACUUUCUGGUUGGCGUGCUUAUAUUCGCUACGAUUGUUGGUAAUGUCGGGACCAUGAUUAGCAACAUGAACGCCACUAGAGCCGAGUUUCAGAAUAGCAUGGAUGGUGUUAAGCAAUAUAUGAACCUUCGUAAGGUCAGCAAGGAGUUGGAAGGCCGUGUCAUUAAGUGGUUUGAUUACCUCUGGUCGAACAAGAAAACACUGGACGAAGAGGUCAUACUGAACACUCUUCCUGAUAAGCUCAGAGCAGAAAUCGCCAUCCAUGUCCAUUUAGACACUCUUAAAAGGGUGAGUAUUUUCUCAGACUGUGAACCAGGCCUUCUCGUGGAGUUGGUCCUGAAGCUAAGACCUCAGAUCUUUAGUCCCGGUGACUACAUCUGUCGUAAAGGGGACAUUGGGAGGGAGAUGUACAUCGUGAAACAAGGCAAGCUCCAGGUCGUCGGUGAGGAUGGUAAGGUAGUCUUCGCCACAUUGAGCGAAGGUAGCUACUUCGGAGAGAUCAGCAUCCUAAACGUCCCGGGUAGCCUUUCCGGAAACAGACGUACUGCAAACGUCCGAAGCGUUGGGUACUCAGACCUCUUCUGUCUCUCUAAAGACGAUCUACUAGACGCCCUGAAGGAGUACCCUGAUGCCAGGACCAUCCUAGAGGAGAGGGGUAGGAUGAUCCUCAUGAAGGAUGGUUUGAUUGACGAGGAGGCAGCCAAGAAAGGUACCAAGACCACGGAGCAGGCCGAGCAAGAAGAGAAGUUAGAGCGCCUGGAAGCAAACCUGAACCAUCUCCAGACGCGCUUCUCCAGACUGCUGGCCGAAUACAGUAAUUCUCAGAUGAAGCUAAAGCAGAGGAUUACCAGGCUUGAGAAGAAGAUGAAAGGCAUGAAGAGGGAGUCUGAGACGACGGCACCUCCCCAGCCUCCUCCGAGCGAGCCUCCAAGAGAGUUUUACCUCCAGUAAAACCAGGGAGGCCAUGCAGCUUGCUCCGAACGAGCUACCGAGAGAAUCUUUACCUCUAGUGAGACCAAAGCGUCUUUCAAGUGCAAUAAUGAACCCAAAUUCCAACUUUCAUCUCCAAUACCAUAAUAAUUCAAUCUUUGGUCACACAUUAUUACAAUUUGUAAUCGGCAUGAAACUGCACGAAUGUGAAAACUCCUUGGAAAUGACCAGCGGUUCGGGUCCCCUUUAUUCUGCACCUAGAAUCUCCCAGAUGUUAAGAACAGAGGUUGACCGACCCUGUGCAUCAGUAUCAAUAGAAUCUCAUAGGUUUUGGCACAAUAUGGCCUAUAUUCCUUUCUCCUUUUGGUUACUGAUACUUCUUAACAGAAACUUUGAAAACUCAAGAAAGUUUGGAAGAAAAAAAACUUGACUCGGGGAAAACCCUGAAACUAAUCGGAUGAAUAGGAGAAACAAAAUCAUGCACGAAAUCGAAGUUGAAUGUAUUAAAAGCAAAAUAAUCACAGCUUUGAGUGGAUUAUGGAAUGUGUGAAUUCGAAUGUGUAUCAAUAAUCCAUUUUAAAAUAAUGAUGGACACAUUGAGCCUACUAUAACACCAUUUGGUUUUAUAAAUUUGUUUGUAUACACCCAAACCAAACAGUGCACACCUAUUUUCCAUACCCCGAAAGGGCUAAAUGAAGUUGAAUUUUAUGUUUAUAGAAAUUGGCCGAAAACCUAUAAUAUUCAAAUCAAACAGAACUUCCCAAUAUUGUUAAACGAAGUUUAUACAAUUAGAUUCGUUUGAUCGCACUUCCAUUCCUUAGAAAUAGGCCUUCCAAGUUAUAAUAUUUAUAAUGAUAUUAUUGUAUUGCACGGCAUAAAUCGCAGUAAAUCGAUUAACGAUCAAAGUUUUAAUACACGGGUACUUAACAUCGAUUUGUGAAAUACAUUUUCGAACAAAGUAUAUUAAUAACUAUUUAUUAUGCAGUGUUAGUUUUAACUCCAGUGAUAAACUUGAUUGAAGUGUUUCUCGAGGAUCUUCACAGUUUGUAAGAGGCAGGGCAAAGUGGAAUACUUAUUUAAUAUUUUGUUUUGAACAUCACCUUGAAUUACUUAUAAAAAGCUUUGUCUACCAAAAGUGGGAGACUGCGCUCAAACACAACAUCUGUUCUUCCUUUGGAAAGUUUUUAGCUAGUCCGUCCACAAAAAUAGUGUCAAUGACCACGGCCAGACAGCGGUAAUUAAAGGAUUGUCAUAGUGUGAUUAUUGUUCUGGAUGUAUUUUAUUUCCGAUUAACUUUCUUUUGUUGCCAAAAACAAAGCUUUGUUGUUGAAAAUGUAUCAAAAAUGGAUUUUUACCAUUGUGUGUGUUUACAAUGGAAAGGUAAAGUUUGUUCUCCAUUUUCAUCCAUAUUGGUAUUGUUAAAAUUAACAUCUUAUAACAGAAGUUUUAAUGGACAUUCAUAAUGAAUGUAUUCAACAAUGUAUCAAAGACGUUGUUUUGACCAAGGUGGAUGUUACAAUCAAACAUUUAUAUUUUGAUUUUUUUUUCUCGGAGGGACACUUUUAAUUAACAAAGUAAAAUGUGGGCAUGGACUGUUUGAAAAUUUGAAUAGGAUAAUAUUUACGUGUGAAUUUGUAUAAAAUUAAUAUUUAUUAUUAUUCAUAUUUAUUAAUAAGCAUGUUUUAAUAUUAGUAGAAUAUUGAAGGAUUUUCUUGCUAAGCGAAGAUUGUCUUUUUCCUCUUAAUAUUUUUCAACAUUUUAUUUUGUUGCCAGUGUUUAUAGUUUUGAUGUGACUGGUUUGUAAUACUUUCAAUGUUGGCACUCUUUGAAUGGUUGGGAGAGGUAGAGUAGGGUAGGGUCAAUUUGAUGAAGGAAUACAGCUCCUGAUUGUAGCCACUGCAUGGUAAUACAGACACUAAUUAAUCGUAUAAACAUAGAACUUGGAUUAUCAUUGAGUGGAACUUGAGUGAGCGGCACUGUUCAACGUUAAAUGGGGCCCGCGGUAUUUUAUUUUUUUUAAUUUUUUUUAUGCAAGUCGCCUGACCCACAAGGCCUGAAGGCCACUUCAAGGUG